AUGGCAAACAGCGUGGCUUUCGUAGCGCCUGCCCUCCAAGAAGCGGGGGUGGCAAGGCAGAUUCACACUGCACCGGUCUCUCCGAGCCCCAAAGCUUCCAGCACUGGCUAUGCUGGCCCCGCCGUGGCCUCGGUGGCUGUGGCCCUGGCUGCACGCACCGUCGGCCGCCAGCGCCGUCGCACAUCGGCACGGCAGCAGGUGGCGAUGCGUGCCUCAACCCUGGACCAGCUGAAGCAGGUGGGCGGCCGGGAAGGCAGCAUUCCUCUGACCAAGUAUCGCAAUAUCGGGAUCAUGGCCCACAUCGAUGCUGGAAAGACCACGACGACGGAGCGUAUCCUGUACUAUACAGGUCGCGAGAAGAACAUCGGUGAAGUGCACGAAGGGCAGGCCACCAUGGACUGGAUGGAGCAGGAGCAGGAGCGAGGAAUCACCAUCACCAGCGCAGCAACCACGGCUUUCUGGGAUGGACACCGAAUCAACAUCGUGGACACACCAGGUCACGUGGACUUCACCCUGGAGGUGGAACGAUCUCUCCGAGUGCUCGACGGUGCCGUGGCUGUUUUCGACGGUGUGGCAGGCGUCGAGCCGCAGAGCGAGACCGUUUGGCGCCAGGCCGACAAGUACAAGGUGCCGCGGAUGUGCUUUGUGAACAAGAUGGACCGCGAGGGCGCGGACUUCUUCAAGGAUGUGCAAAUGAUGGUGGACCAGCUCGGCACAAAUCCUGUCCCCAUCCAGCUUCCCAUCGGAAAGGGCGCCAGCUUCAAGGGUGUCUUCGAUCUGGUGGAGAUGAAAUCAAUGAUCUGGACUGGUGGGGAGCUCGGCGCAAAGUUUGACGUGACAGAUGAGAUCCCGGAGGGCAUGGAGGAAGAAGUGGAGAAGUGGCGUGAGAACCUCAUUGAGAAGGCUGUGGAGCAGGACGAAGAGGUUCUGGAGGCUUACCUCGAGUCCGGUGAGCCACCAUCUCUGGAAGAUCUCAAGAAGUGCAUCCGCAAAGGAACCCUGUCAUUUAGCCUGGUGCCAGUGCUUUGCGGAACCGCCUUCAAGAACAAGGGUGUGCAGCCCCUGCUGGAUGCCGUCUGCGACUACCUUCCAUCACCAGUCGAUCUUCCCCCGACCAAGGGCAAGAACCCCAAGAACGAGGAAGGUUUGAGCGGUUCAUUUGAAGCCAUGCGUAGCUUAUCCCUACAGGAGGAGGAGAUCGAGCGCAAGAACGAGCCAGAGGAGAAGCUCUCCGGCUUGGCCUUCAAGGCAGUGGCGGCGGACCCUUACAUCGGCACCCUGACCUUCUACCGCAUUUACUCGGGCAAGGUCAAGAGCGGAGAGAUGGUUUGGAACCCCAGGACUAAGUCCAAGGAGCGCAUGGGCCGCAUGGUUCUCAUGCAUGCCAACAAGCGCGAGGAAAUCAAGGAGGCCCAGGCAGGCGACAUCAUUGCCGUUGUGGGCCUGAAGGACACCACCACAGGUGACACCCUUUGCGCAGUGGACUCCCCCAUCGUGCUGGAGAAGAUGGAAUUCCCGGAGCCCGUGAUUAAGGUCUCCUGUGAGCCGAGCUCGCAGAAGGAUGCUGACAAGAUGGGUGAGGCGCUUGCCAAGCUGGCAGCUGAAGACCCUUCCUUCCGCUUCAGUCGCGACGAGGAGUCCAAUCAAACCGUGAUCGAGGGCAUGGGUGAGCUGCACCUGGAGAUCAUCAUCGACCGCCUCAAGCGCGAGUUCAAGGUGGAAGCCAACAUUGGCAAGCCCCAGGUGGCGUACCGAGAGACGAUCACAGAGCCAGUCGAGCUUUGGUACACCCACAAGAAGCAGACGGGUGGUUCGGGCCAGUAUGCGAAGCUUUGCAUGUCCUUCGAGCCCAACCCUGGUGAGGGCUUCGAGUUCUCCAACGAAAUUAUCGGCGGAACGGUUCCAAAGGAGUACGUGCCGGCAGUGAUCAAGGGCACCGAGGGCGAGCUGAUGAACGGCAUCCGCAUGGGCUUCCCAGUCGUGGACGUCAAGGCCAAACUGAAGGAUGGUGGAUUCCACCCGGUCGACUCUUCCGCUAUUGCUUUCGAGAUUGCAGCCCGGGCAAUCUUCAAGGAGGGAGCCAGCCAGGCAAAGCCCAUCGUCAUGGAGCCGAUCAUGAAGGUCGAGGUCAUCACCCCCGAGGAGUACAUGGGCGGCAUCAUCGGUGAUCUGAACAGCCGUCGAGGCAUCAUCCAGAAUCUCGCGACGCGUGGCAACCUCCACGUUGUGAAUGCAAGCGUUCCAUUGGCAGAGAUGUUCAGCUAUAUCGCCGAGUUGCGCAACUUGUCCAAAGGCCGAGCCAACUACGCGAUGGAGUUCGAGAAGUACGAGUCUGUGCCCGAGAAUGUGGCAGAGUCCAUCGCAAGCAAGAGCUAA